UUUUGACAGUACUUUAAUAUCAAACUAAACUUUGUGGCGAAUGGUGACUGUGUUUUAGUGUUAAUAACUGUAAAUAUAUAUAAAUAUGUGCUGUGUAGUGGUUCGUGUUGUGAAUUGAAUUGUGACCUAAAAGGGAAAUUUUAAGAUGGCAGAAAUAGUGCUGGUGCGUCGUAAAGUUGCGACAGUGUUAGACGACGCGAACCCUCUCAUAAUACUCCUACUAGUGACUUUACUUCAAGCAUGUACGAGCUACGCACAAGUUAUAAACAGGGCGCCGCACUUUGUCCCCCAAGUGGGGGACAUGUCCCAGUUUAGUUUACCCGAAAACACACCUGUUGGGACACCUGUUUACCAUUUAAAAGGAAUUGAUCCAGAAAACGGUCCACUACGAUACUCAAUAUCUGGCCAGUAUUUUUCUGUGGACCCACUUACUGGUGUUGUUACUCUCGCCAAGUCUUUGGAUCGUGAGGAACAAGAAUCUUUAGAAGUGAUCAUUAGUAUAACAGAUGAAGGCAUUUCAAAUACAGAGCCGAACACAGUCUCAUUGCGCCGAGUGAUUCCAGUUAAGGAUGUGAACGACAAUCCACCGAUCUUUCACAACAGACCUUACAUAGUCAAUAUAAGUGAAGCUACAACAGUUGGUACAGAGAUAGAGGUCAGCCCGAAGAUAAUAGUCACUGAUCGCGACGAAGGUGAUAAUGCUAUGAUACGCGUUGUAUGUUCCUCUAAAGAGAAAGGAAGUGAUGCCGAAGCAUGUGCCACUUUUAGAGUAGAGACUGACAUGCUAUCGCCCAACGAAUACCAAGUGAGGAUCUUCCUAAACCAAGCCUUGGACUUCGAGAGCAGGUCGGCAUAUGUAAUCAGUUUGGAAGCUAGUGACUCAUCCGAUAAGCCUCUGAAGGCUGUAGCUAGUGUAGCCGCUUCGAUAUGGGAUGUCCAGGACCAGCCGCCUGCGUUCAUGAACGCACCAUAUUCUGCUACUGUGCCGGAGAAUACUGCAGCCGGCACAAGCAUUUUAGAAAUAGUAGCAAAAGAUGGGGAUACGGCUAAUCCGCGACCAGUUUUAUUGACUCUCGAAGGAGAUACGGAACGGUACUUCAAAUUAUUACCCGACAGACCACUGGGACGGGCUACUUUGGUUGCAUCUGAAGUACCUUUAGAUCGGGAAAGUGAUGUUGUUAUGCAAAAUGGCGGAGUCUAUAGCUUCUUCAUUAAGGCGACAGAAUUGAUUAAUAACGAAGUUCCUUCCGACUACACAGUGACACCCAUUACAAUAAUAGUAACGGAUGUAGACGACCACGUUCCAGUGUUCAAUAAAAAAGUUUUCGAUAUAUCGAUACCGGAAAAUAUAGAAAAUGGUAGUCCUAUCCCUGGAUUAUCGAUAUACGUAGAAGAUUACGAUGUAGGACAAAACAGUAAAUACGAUUUAAGUUUAAGAAAUAUACAUAAUUCUGAAGGGGUAUUUGCAAUCAGUACAACACACGGUGAAGGAAGAACUCCAAUAAGUAUUAAAGUAAAAGAUUCUUCGAAACUCGAUUACGACGUUGAUGAUGAAGAAGCGAGACUUUUCAGCUUCGACAUAGUUACAUCAAAUAAUGGCUUAGAACUAUCGUCAGCUAGAGUCAACAUUAAACUGCUUGAUAUGAAUGACAAUACUCCAGUUUUCGAUGAAACGAAUUAUAAAUUUAAUGUGUUAGAAAAUGCGAAGGUUGGAACCAAGAUUGGCGAUGCGCGAGCGACAGACAAAGAUUAUGGAAUAUUCGGUGAAAUAGAAUACACAUUAACAGGAUUCGGCUCACAUUUUUUUGAGACUGACAAAAAUAAUGGCGGUUUGUAUGUCAAGGAAAUGUUGGAUUACGAGAAACAGAAGAGUUACAGUCUAAAUCUUUUUGCUAAAGAUGGUGGUGGGAGAGGCUCUACGGCGAGUAUAUUUGUUGAAGUGUUGGACGUAAAUGAUAAUGCACCCGUGUUUGAAGCUGCUGAAUACAGUAGGACUAUAAGAGACGGAGUAACUAGCUUUGAGUCGCAGUUCAUUGUUAGGGCGACGGACGUCGAUGGACCUACUCAAGGAGAUGGUAAAAUUAAAUAUUCACUAGAAUCUGACAAUAGUAUUAGCCACAGAGGCAAUAUAUUCGCAAUAGAUGAAGAAACUGGAGAGAUUACUAUAAUAGACAAAGUUGAUAGUAUGGAUACGCCAAGAGGACAGUACGAACUUGUCGUCAGAGCUACUGAUUACGGUACACCACCUCUACAUAACGAAACUAGAGUAUACAUACGCGUCGGGGUACCAGGUAAUCAACGACCAACGUUCAAAGGCAACUACCAUCAUUACAAAUACACUAUAUCACAACACAGUCCUGAAACAACAGAAGAUUUUACCUUCGACUUAAAUCCCAUGAACUAUAAAGCUGCGUUACGAGAGGAUGCGAAACCAGGUCAAAAUGUUACAAUGGUUAUUGCAAAUGAUCCUGACGGAAUGGAUGAAUUGUUGACCUAUCAUAUUGUUUCGGGAUCCAAGGACAAUUUUGUUAUUAAUGAAAAAACAGGUCUCAUAACUGUUUCCAAUGAUGCCAAUCUAGACCGUGACGUCAAUACAGAUAAAUACGAAAUCAUCGUAGCAGCAGUUGAUAGCGGGAUGCCCAUACCAGAAACUGCAACUACUACAGUGUUUGUCACAAUACAAGACGUGAACGAUAAACCACCUAAAUUCAAUAUGACUGAAUCGACAACUUACAUAUCUGAGAAGACUAAAAUCGGUGAUGUUGUAGCAAAAAUGAUAGCACACGAUACAGAUGUCAAUGCAAAAUUGAAAUUUGAAUUGAUUGAACCCAUUAAAGCUUUAUCAAAGGCAGGUGUUCAACUUAAACCCAAUUCUCCAUACGAUUACAAAAAGAUUUUCAGAAUUAAUGAAGAUACUGGAGAGAUUUUUGUUAAUGGGACUUUAGAUUAUAGUCAAGCUAGCAUUGUUAUAUUAACGAUUAAAGUAGUUGAUAUUAACGCUGAGAUUAACAAAGAAAAACAAUUUGCUAUUAUAGAACAUACGAUAUACAUACAACCUUAUGCUGAUAAAAAUCCCCAGUUCACUAAUUCUGGGUGGAGUAGCUCAAAUCCAGUAAUAUACCAUAAAAUAAAAGAAGAACAGCCGAUUGGAAGUACCGUCCUAGUAUUAACUGCAGAAGAUCCAAUAUCAGGGCAUGAUGUAUCAAACUUUAAAGUUAUUAAUUCAGAAACAGGACUUUUACAAGUAGAUCCAUUAAGUGGUCAAGUUGUUUUAACUAAACAUCUUGAUUAUGAAGAAUUGUCUAGUCCAAAUUUAACAUUAACUGUUAAAGCUACAAGUAACGAUGGUACAAAACACAGUGAAGCUAAAAUUAUUAUUGAAGUUAUAAAUAUUAAUGAUAAUCCGCCUAUUUUUGAGAAAGAGUUCUACAAAGUGAGCGUGCUAGAGUCAGUCAAACAUCCCGAGCAAAUUGUAACAGUUAAAGCAAAUGAUGCUGAUGCAGUGUUGACAGACGAAGACAUAGUUACAGGAUAUGCUGAUGUCAGAUACACUUUGAGGGGAGAGAACUCGGAUCUUUUUGCUAUAAAUAAUGUUACUGGUGCUAUACAGGUAGCUGCCAACAAGACUCUAGACAGAGAACGUCAAUCAGUACUACGUCUUGAAGUGGAAGCAGCAGAUAUUCCUAAAGGUGGUGCGGAUAGAUUGAAAACAAUCGCAACAGUGCUUAUCGAUGUACUAGACGUAGAUGAUAAUGCGCCAACAUUUGAGAAAAACAUGUAUACCGCGGUAGUACCAGAAAAUGUACCAAUCGGAAUCAGCGUUAUUAAUAUUACUGCGACUGAUCCUGAUGAAGGCUUGGGUGGAGAGAUAAAGUACGAAUUUUUGGAUGAAGGCGAGGCGAAUGGUUUAUUUGCAAUAGACCCAGUAUCUGGAGAAAUAAAAACUCGCAAAGAUCUUACUGGCCGUGGACGAACCGAUCCUUAUCGAUUAUUAUUAGGAGCGACUGAUGGCGGCGGUCACAGCGGUGAUGCGUCGUUGUCUAUAUAUAUUGGAGAUGUCAGUGCUAAUGAUGGUGUGCCCAGGUUCAUUAGACCAGCUGCUGGAGAGGAACUUAGUGUUAGUGAGAACGCAACUAUAGGCUCGCCAGUAUUUCAAGUAGUGGCCAGCGAUCCAGAUGAUCCAACACAACCAUCUGGACAACUCUUCUAUUCCAUACAACAAAGCAAUGCCGACGCUAAGUCUUUUGCCAUAGAUCCUCACUCAGGAUUAAUUACAACACGUCAAACAUUAGAUCGCGAACGUAAAGAUUCGUACACUCUUGUGCUACUGGUAACAGACAGAGGACAGCCGCCACAGCAAAGUACCAAGAUUGUUACCGUCAUGAUCACUGAUGUUGAUGAUCACAAGCCGCAUUUUGGAAGGAAUCUUGACGAUGCACCAUUACUUAUGACUGUUAACGAAGAGGUUCCAAUAGGAACUGUCAUCGGCAGUUUUGAAGCUAUCGAUGAAGAUGUAGGAGACAAUGCAGCCAUCGACUAUGCCGUUACAGCUGGAAAUGAAUUUGGCCUAAUUAAGUUGGAGCGUACGAACGAAAGUAAAGCUCUUAUUAUAGCAGCAGCAAGGUUAGACAGAGAGACAGUGUCAAAACAGUUGAUCACAGUGAAAUGUUUCAAAUAUGGCAGUAUACCAAAACUUAAUCCGGCUUAUAAUAGAUUGGAUCCAUCAGAAAUUCAAGUUCUAAUAAAGAUUCUAGACGUAGAUGAUCAUUUGCCAGAAUUUGAAAGCGCUAAUCUAACAGUUGGUGUGAGACUGAACGUGCCUAUAGACACGAUUGUAGCCACCGUUAAAGCUAUAGACAAAGAUCCGGAUGCUUUACCAAUACAUUAUAAAAUGGUUAACAUGAGCUUUGAAUCACCAAUUAAGAGUAAAUCUUCAAAUAAUAUAAGCGAUGUUAUACUAUUAAACAACGUAACUGGAGAUAUCAAAAUAAUGAGGAAUUUAAUACAUUAUGCUGAUGGAAUUUUCAGGUUGAUGAUAAGAGCCAAUAAUUCACAUAACCCUGAAAGAUUCAGCGAUAUUUUAGUGGAGGUGGUGGUGGUCCGAGAACGAGAUUUGCUGCGAUUAGUGAUGCCAGGAGGAAAUAGACAGCGUUAUGCUGCACUGCAGGAGCGAAUGUCCGCAGCAUUGGCGCAACGAGGCCUUCGCAUGCAGCUACAAGACGCUAACAACGCCUUCUAUACAAACCUUGGCCCGUGUUUCCAAUUUCGAAAAAUCGAUACCGGUGAAGCUCAAACUCCGAAAGCGAUGAAGGCGACCAUUCGCUCUCUUGGUACGGAAUUCCAAGAGAUCCUCGAGCAGUACCAAGUGCACAACAUCACUAACUGUGGAGUUUCCAGAACGAAGCACUCGCCGGCGCAGCAUGCAUUGCUGGCUCUGGCCGGCGUGUUGCCGCUAGCUGCGUUCAUAGCCACCCUUGUACUAUGCUGUAUGCAUUCUAGUGCAAAAAGAAGAACAAGGUCGCCCCUUCUCAUAACCAGGGAACCACCGCCAGUCCCUCCGAGUAACAUUUCAGUACCCACCAGAUUAUAUUCUGAACCGCUCUAUUCCACGUGAGAUUUAUACAGAUUAUAGAAUUUAUAUGUGAUUUAAUUUAUUUACAAAUACAAGUACUGAACGAUAUAUAAACGGAAUAAUUAAAAAAUGUGUGGUUAUCGAACCAAAUAAUUAAUAUGCGUAAGUCGAAGCUGAAUUUAAAAUAAAAAAAUUACACGGCUAAAUGCGCAGAAAUAUAAAAAUAUUAUCAUACUUAAGGCAAUUCAUAUGGAAAUUUUCUAUACUAAUGAGAAAUUUAAAAAUAUUAACAUACUUAAGACAAUUAAUAUGGAUUUUUUUAAACUAAUGAGUAAAAUAGGCUCAUAAAAAUCAAAUAUGUUGCUGUCAAAACUCUUAGCCAGUUAAAAGUACUUUUAACUAAUAAAUAGAUGCAAUAAUAAUUUUAACUGAAAUUUAUUGGUUAUUAGUAUUUUUGACAGGAUAUUUGCGAUAAAAUAUAAAUUAAUUGAUACUCUAAAAAUUACUAUUUUUAAACGCUGGAACAUUACUCUGCAUGUGCAUUUUGCAAAUUUACUUUUGUCGGUUAUUUCAGCCAAAAGUACUAUUGUAGUACUACGGUCAAAAAACCUUUUGACUGAUUAAGAGUUUUGACUGCAACAAAUAUAUUAAAAUUGUAUACGUGUUCAGUCCUUCGCUAUUUUAAUCACGCGUUUUUUCUUUUAAAUGUACUUAAUUAUACUAUAUGUUUUAUAGAACAAAAAAUUAUUCAUUUUGAAUUCUUACGUAUAAGCGAAUGUUAGACAUUGAUAUAACACUAGUUUCGGGAUUUUGUAGCGGUUUUUGUACGUUAUUGUACACCUCAGUUGGAUACGAUAAAAGCUGCUCUUCGAAACGUCGGGAGAAUAUAAAAAAACAAAAAUGCGAUUAAAACCGAAAACUAGAUAUAGUCAGGGAAUUUAUACCGUCUAGGGGGCAUAUCCGACUUUUUGCAAUUAUAUUCUAAUCGAAGGAUAAAUAGCUUUUGAUGCUCAUAUAGAAAAUAGUAAAAAUAUCCCCUAGUUAUCUAUACGGCUAUCAAAGCUGUCCUUCGAUAAGAACGCCCGCAAUUCCAAAAAUGCGGAUAUACGUCCCUAGACGUAUAAGGCACUUUGACUAUAUAUUUGAAUAAACGUUUAUGUUCCCACAAUUAAAAAGUACUACUAAAAAUAUCAUCGUUGAAUGAGUUCUGUGAUAUUCGUCAGCAAUACAUAAACCAUUCAUCUCAAAGCGCCGGCGCAUGUAUGGCGCAAUACAGUGAAUGAAAUUUUUACUCUUAUACUAUUAUCCCCGUUGUUUUUAUUGAAAUAAUAUUCAAAAUCAAUUAACACAACAAUAAAUUGCAUUAUAUUUUUAUGUUAAUUGAUUUUGAAUACUAUUUAAAUGAAGACAACGUCGAUUAUAAUAGUUAACAGUAAACAUCUCUACGCUGCAUUCCACCAUAUAUGCGCCGAAAAUAAAACAUUAGACGUUUCGAGAUUAGUUGUGUAGACUAAUUGUAAGUAAUUACGAUGCCGUUUAAUACUCAAAACACUUUUAUCAUAUAAAUUUAUAAAUAUAUUACAAUCUUAUUAAAACGUACGCGAGACAUAUUAAAUUAGUCGAAAAGCAACACGGUUUUACUCACGUGUCUAUGUAGUCGGAAUCGUCUCUUCGAGCUGUUAACGAAUGUCGCGUCGCGUCCUCUUAGCACUCGCCCUUGAGGAUGACCUCCUUAAUAGGUCGAAACUGGUCCGCGUUUUCGACUACGUGGACACGUGAGUAAAACUGUGUUGCUUUUCUAUUAAUAUAUUACAAUCUGUAUAUAGUGUCAUAAUUUAUAAAAAGAAAUUGUAUAAGUUAGAUGAAUAUAGUUGUAUUUAACACAACGCUGUUGAUGCAUAGACUAGAUAAAUUUAAAUAAUAUUAAUAAUAUAAUUGUUUUGUUUAGAUAACUUUAUCAUAUUUUUUUAAACUCUAUAAAAUAAAUAGGUAUAGGAUAUGAAAAAAAAUCUUAUUUACCUAUGUAUUUUUUUAUGUUCGUAAGGGCUGCCAACUGCAUAUAAAAUAAUGUCUUAUUUCAAAUUAAACAAUCUGAUGGGGACUAUUAAAAGAGUAACCCCCUUAUUCAUAGAUGUUAUUUAUCUAAAGAUGGAGCAUUGCUGUGAAAAUAAGUCUGUUUCUCAGCUUUGUUUAUCUGACAGCCAAUUAGAUUCAGGUUGUAUCUCAAUAUUAGCCAGUCACAACGGCCCUAUGUCUACGCACUGCGAAGGCUGCCAUGCCGUCAGCACUGAGAAACAGACUUGUUAUCACAGCCAUGCUCCGUCCUUAGAUAAAUAACGUCUAUGAAUAAUGGGAUAAGAGAUAUACAACAUAGAUAAUGAAAAUA